GCCAUCUAGCGAUAUGCUUCAGAAGCACAGGUUGACGUCGUGUUUACCUUCGUACAAAGUUCAUGUAGAGUUCACAGACAACCAGAUAUGGCCAGGUACAGGGGCCAGGUAUUGGCGUCGUUUUCACUGGUGAUCAUGUAGAGAAAUCACAGGACCAUCAGCAGCAGUGCAAUACAAUGUCAGGCCGCAUGGUGUGCGUAGAUGACUUCGAAGAGUACUCCAAGAAACACCUGUCCAAAGCAACUUGGGAGUUCUUCUCAGGCGGGGCUGAAGAAUGUCAGACACUUUCGGAAAACAGAAUCGCUUUUAAAAGACUCCGACUGAGACCAAGAUUCCUGCUUGAUGUGUCCCGUCGUGACCUCUCCACGACCUUGCUGGGGGAGAGGGUGGAGUUUCCCAUCGGUGUGAGUCCCGCGGGCCUGCAGGACCUGGCCUGGCCACAAGGGGACAUCUGUGUCGCUAAAGUUGCAGCUGAGAUGGGAACCUGCAUGGCUGUCAGCACUUUUGCCAGCAGCUCCGCGGAGGACAUCAUGGCGGCCUCGCCUGCUGGUCUGAAGUGGUUCCAGAUGUACUUCAUGCCCAACAAGUCCUUCACACAGCGUCUCAUUCACAAGGUGGAGAAGGCAGGAUACAAGGCAUUGGUCGUCACCAUCGACCUUCCAAUAGUAGGUAAGCGGUAUUCUGACAUCAAGAACAAGUUCCAACUUCCUUCUCACGUGACCGUGCCCAACCUUCUCGCACUGAAGGACGGCUCAGAACAGGACAGUGCAAAAGAUGGACGGAACUAUGGGAUGGGUGGCAGCCCCCAGGACCCCGCCUUCUCCUGGAAGGACAUUGAUUGGCUGAGCUCCAUCACCAACCUGCCAAUCAUACUGAAGGGGGUCAUGACAGCAGAGGAUGCUGGGAUAGCCCUGGACCAUCCAGGUGUGAAGGGGAUUCUGGUGUCCAAUCAUGGAGGGAGACAACUGGACGGAGUUCCAGCUACGGUUGAGGCACUUCCAGAAAUAGUCCAGGCUGUGGGAAACAAGCUGGAAGUGUACCUGGAUGGAGGUGUGCGGACGGGAACGGACGCUCUCAAGGCGCUGGCACUCGGAGCGCGGGCCGUCUUUGUAGGAAGGCCGGUCAUCUGGGGGCUUACCUUCAAUGGAGAAGAGGGUGUUAGACAAGUUAUGAAAAUUCUGAGGGAUGAGCUGGACCUUGCCAUGGCACUGUCUGGCUGCUGCACUUUGGCUGACAUCUCACCAACUUUGGUUGUGCGAGAGGAGGUCUACAGUAAACUGUGAUGUGGAAAUGACAUUUAAUUUGGGACAUAAAGAGACUCAAAUGGCAUUUAGAGGUAAAUAUGAUCAGAAUGUCAGGUUGACUUAAUUCCAAUAUCUGCAGAAGUUUGAGCCUGGAUGUAUUCAAUUUUACUUUGUCAUUCAAGAUAAUAAAAUUACAGUCAAUAUUUCCCUAAGACAACCACCCAGGGAUCAAAGGAACAGUGGUCUUCUUAUCCAAGUGGUUUUCUUAUAAAAACAUGGCAACAAGACAAGACAGCGACACAAAUUUCAAUGUUCAUGUCCCUUAAUGAUUGAUAUUAAGCUUGUUCAUGUACAAGACAUACUAGUAUGUAUACAAUUUUUCAGGGUCCUACUGUACUCGUACUGCAUAUGCUCUUUAAAAGUACUAGAGA